AUGGAGAAAGCAGAGCUUGCUUCAAAAGAGAAAAGCACGGCAUCUGCAGUUGCUCUGAAUUCCGAGAUUCGCCGGACCAAGGCUCGAUUGCUUGAAGAGGUUCCCAAGUUGCAGAGAUUGGCUGUAAAGAAGGAAGAAUUCUCAAGCUAUUAUGAUGAUUUCAUUGACAAAUUUGAAAACUUACAUUUGGAAGCAAGCAUAUUUAUCAUUUAUGGUUUAUUUGGAACAGGAGAGAUGCAAGUUACAGCUGGUCAUACACGACUUAUGCUGCUUUAUGACUCCCGUAAUGAUGACGGGAUUAAGAGUUUUUUCCAAGAGGUUCAUGAGCUUUAUAUCAAGAUUCUUCUUAAUCCGACCUACUUGCUUGGUUCACGAAUAACAUCGUCACAUUUUGAUACCAAAGUUCGUGCCCUUGCACGAAAAUAUCUGUAG